GUGUCGUUUGCAGUGUGAAAGUUCACAGGGCAUGCAAAGGUCGUGUUGUGUUUUUAGCGAGCUAUGGCUGCCUUGAGUUGGUUUACGUGCAGACAGCUGCCGCGGAUUGCAAAUCAGUUCGCCUGGGUUGUGAAGCACGUCAGGCCUCAGUACCUCGGGGGACUACCGGUGAGGAGAGUCCACGGGUCGUCGCGGAAAUGGGUGGCUGAGAAGGGGCCAUGGGGCAAGGCUCGGAUGCCAGAGUAUCAUCUUAUGACAGAACUCGAUAAGGCGGAUGCUUUGAUGCUGAAAAAGUCCCACGAAACUGGGUUCCUGUCUUGGUUCCGGAACGGACUCCUGGCCACGGGGAUCGGGGUCAUCGCUUUCGUCCAGAGUGAUGUGGGACGAGAGGCAGGAUAUGCCUUCUUCAUCCUGGGUGGUGUGUGUGUAUCGUUCGGCGGGGCGUCCUACGUGGGCAGCCUGUUUUCGCUGAGGAGGAUGAUGCUUCUCUCCCUGCCAGCCGUGCUACUGAAUGUUGCUGUGGUGAGCAGCGUCGCCCUCUUCUGGCUGUGUGCGGUAUCUCUCUACAUCGGACGCCUGGAGGUGGAGAUUAUACAUGAGGAUGACGAGGACGAUGACGGAGGGGAGUGUCCAGACUGUCGGGACCGCGGCAACCACUCGCAUGGCAACCGGCACCACGGCAGCAACAAAGGCCAAGACAAGUAGCGAGUGUGCGUGGCAAAGGUGACGAGGUGUGUGUUUGCGUGUGAGUGAGACAGAGAGAGGACUGAGAGGAAGUGUGUAUGACAUUCAAGUUCAUAAUAUCAAUGUUCGAUUAUUUUAAUUUCGUUUUAUUUUGCACACACACUCUGUGAGAGUGCCUCGUUUGAGUAUAUUUACUCCUGGUCAUGUUUACUUUCUGAAUCAAAGUGCCCUGUACAAUUCCUAAGCCAUACUCUGAGCCAACUCAGGCUGCGGUCACGUAAAUAUGGUUUUGAUUGAUGUAAUUUUUUUUAUAUCAGUUUAUUCUAUAUACAAAGGAGUACUUGGAUUCUCUGUAGUAGUCCAUGCUGUUGAUGUAGAAUGAGGAGAUGUAGCCCAUGUGCGGUGUUGAAUGGAUGAACUAGCCCUAUGUGAAUUUGCGAUAUAGGGGUAUAAAUACUGUAGGUAAGUAAUCAGCAAUGGUCUAUCCGUGUGUAAUCGAUUUUCUCUGUGUGUAAAAGUCUGUGGGGUUUUCUUCUGUAUUCUGUUAUUUUAGAUUGAAAAGUUUAUUUUAAACGAUGAAGGCUUUGGCUUAUAGUUUUUUUCUCCAAAGGGUUUUGUGAUUCAUAUAGUUUUGUCACAAAGCAAAUGACAGAAAAAAAACAUGGCAAAGCGCUAUAAGUUAUUAUUUUAUUUAAACAUGUUCAAUGCAAUCUUGAUAAACUACUCUAUAGAAAUCGACUAACUAUAAAGUAACAUUAUUUCAUACCUUUACUCAAUCGAGGAUUGAAAGCUGGAGCCACAACUUAAUUAAAAUACCACCCUGAACCUCUGUCUUUUUGGAGAGAUUUUAGUGAGAAACUAACAUUUCUAUAACCCGUGUGUUUGUGUGAGAUGGAGUACAUUUACAGUGUGUUCGGAAAGUAUUCAGACCCCUUUUUUUCUCCACAUUUUGUUACGUUAUGGCCUUAUUCUAAAAUUGCUAAAAUUAUUUUCCCCCCUUGUCAAUCUACACAAUACUCCAUAAUAACAAAGCAAAAACAGGUUUAGACACCAGAGAUGUUAGAUCCAGGCUCUGGCUGGGCCACUCAAGGACAUUCGGAGACUUGUCCCAAAGCCACUCCUGCAUUGUCCUGGCUGUGUGCUUAGGGUUGUUGUCCUGUUGGAACCUUUGCCCCAGUCUGAGGUCCUGAUUGCUCUGGAGCAGGUUUUCAUCAAGGAUCUCUCUCUAGUUUGCUCUGUUCAUCUUUCUGUCGAUCCUGACUAGUCUCCCAGUCCCUGCCGCUGAAAAACAUCCCCACAGCAUGAUGCUGCCACAACCAUGCUUCAUCAUAGGGAUGGUGCCAGGUUUCCUCCAGACGUGACGCUUGGCAUUCAGGCCAAAGAGUUCAAUCUUGGUUUCAUCAGGCGAGAAAAUCUUGUUUGUCAUGGUUUGGGAGUCCUUUAGGUGCCUUUUGGCAAACUCCAAGUGGGCUGUCAUGUACCUUUUACUGAGGAGUGGCUUCAGUCUGGCCACUCUACCAUAAAGGUCUGAUUGGUAGAGUGAGAUGGUUGUGCUUCUGGAAGGUUCUCCCGUCUCCACAGAGGAACUCUGGAGCUCUGUCAGUGACCAUCGGGUUCUUGGUCACCUCCCUUACCAAGGCCCUUCUCCCCCGAUUGCUCAGUUUGGCCGGGCGGCCAGCUCUAGUUCGAAACUUCUUACGUUUAAGAAUGAUGGAGGCCACUGUGUUUUUGGGGACUUUCAAUGCUGCAGACAAUUUUUUUGGUCCCUUCCCCAGAUCUUUGCCUCGACACAAUCCUGUCUCGAAGCUCUAUGGACAAUUCCUUCGACUUCAUGGCUUGGUUUUUGCUCUGACAUGCACUGUCAACUGUGUGACCGUUAUAUAGACAGGUGUGUGCCUUUCCAAAUCAUGUCCAAUCAAUUUAAUUUCCCACAGAUGGACUCCCAUCAAGUUGUAGAAACAUCUCAAGGAUGAUCAAUGGGAACAGGAUGCACCUGAGCUCAAUUUCGAGUCUCAUAGCAAAGGGUCUGAAUACUUAUGAAAAUAAUUGUUUAAAACAUGUUUUUUUAUAUACAUUGCAAAAAAAAUGUAAACUGUUUUUGCAUUGUUAUAUUAUGUGUAGAUUGACGAGGAAAUGUUAGCAUUUAUCCAUUUUAGAAUCAGGCUGUAACGUAACAAAAUGUGGAAAAAGUCGACAGGUUUAAAUACUUUCCGAAUGCACUGUAGGUAUGGUUAGUCUCUAGCCUGAUUUCCCCCCCCCCCCAUCCUGACCUGACCGCUGCGCUACAGAACUUUAGCAUGCGAGACCUGGAUGGUGGAACGAGGCGAGUUAGUCGCUGGGUUAGAGAUAAUCUGUAUUGCAGUGUGAUGUAUUUGAUUUCUGCAUGGCCUUCAGUACAACUUACUGUAUAUCAUUAGACUUUAUGUAUGAAUAUGUACAUAAACACAGUUACAAAAUCAAA